UGUGAUAUUGACUGUCUCUGUUUCUUCAUGUUGUCUAGUCAUUUUUUAAAUGCUUUAUUAUCGUUUUUAAUUUUUCUAAGUUAUCUUGCUAAUGUCUAAAGAUAUAUCUGUUCGGGUUUCAGCAGUUUUGCAGCACAUAUGCAUGUUAUGUUCUUUGUAACAGUGCUGGUUUGCUCUGUUCCUCAGUCCAUGCUGUUUUAAAAGGAGGAGAGUGUGUGCGUUGUUUCUAAUGAACAGUGGAGUGUACUGAGAGACAGCAUUCAUGUCUAUACCUUAAUGGUGUAAACUAUUUAACAGUGCUGUUAUAAACCGCAUACUUUCUGUUUUCCGCAUGUCAGAAAUGCACCACAAGCCUCACUAUCUUAUUACAGGUAUUAGUCAGGUGAGAGUUGAUGUGUUUGUGUGUUAGACCUCAUUAGUGUGUGUGUGUGUGUGUGUGUGUGUGUGUGUGUUUAAGAGCUACAGCUGUCAUGAGCUCGUCCACUGGAGCUCAGCAGCCCUGUCUGCGCUUCGGUCAGGUCGUUAUCGGACCACCUGGCUCAGGCAAAACGACUUACUGCCGAGGCAUGCAUGACUUCCUGAGUCAAGUCGGGCGCAAAGUAGUGGUGAUAAACCUGGAUCCUGCGAACGAGGGCCUGCCAUACCCAUGUGCAGUGGACAUUUCAGAACUGGUCACACUUGAAGAUGUGAUGGAGGGACUGAAACUGGGUCCCAAUGGUGGCCUUAUCUACUGCAUGGAGUAUUUGGAGGCCAAUCUGGACUGGCUAGAGGCUAAACUCAAGCAAUACCAUGACUGCUAUUUUCUUUUUGACUGCCCCGGUCAGGUCGAGCUUUUCACUCAUCACCGGUCAGUCCGAAAUAUAUUCGCCCAGCUGUCCAAGUGGAAUUUCAGAUUGACUGCAGUGCACCUGGUGGACUCUCAUUACUGUGCCGACCCUGCCAAGUUCAUUUCUGUCCUCUGCACUUCGCUGUCCACUAUGCUGCAAGUGGAACUGCCUCAUGUCAAUGUCCUCUCUAAGAUGGAUCUCAUUGAACAAUAUGGCAAACUGGCCUUCAAUCUUGAUUUCUACACUGAGGUUAUGGACCUGUCAUACCUGGUGGAGCAUUUAGCCACUGACCCAUUCUUUAAGAAGUUCCACCACCUGAAUGAGAAGUUGGCUGAAGUAAUUCAGGACUACAGCCUUGUGUCCUUUGUCCCUCUGAAUGUGCAGGACAAAGAGAGUAUGAUGCAGGUCCUUCGUGCAGUGGACAAGGCUAAUGGCUACUGCUUUGGUGACUUGGAGGAAAGAAAUCUUCAGGCUAUGAUGUCUGCUGCUGUUGGUGCAGAUUUUCAGUUUAACUUAACUCUUGGACUACAAGAGAGAUAUGUGGAAACCAACAAAAAAUCUUUGGAAGAAGAGGUCAUGGACUUGUAACUAUAAUAAAAGAUUUAUGUAAUGUCUUGAUAUUUACAGAACUUUUUUUCCUGACAAAGUUUUUAAAUUUUAAGAUGACAUGUAUUAUAGCAUUUAAACAUAAAUCUGAAGAUAUAAUGUGAACACCUGUCUUGGCAUUUUCAUGAGCACUGUAAUCUGUAGGCAGUAUUUUAGUUGUACACAUUUUUUUAUAUAUAUAAAUAAAAGACCUUUCUCCAUA